GAGCGGAUGUACGCACGGGAUGUGCAGUGCCACGUCUUCGGCCUGUUUACAAUGCCAUCGAGUGGUAAGGGGGGCAGUUGAAUCGCAUUCUGCAGAUAUCGGCCGUCUUGUUGAAGGCGAGGAAUGAGUAGCGACCAUGUCGUCGCGCGUGACGAGGACUGACGCGUUGCAUCGAAAUCAAAGUCCGACACCUCAAGCGAGCUACCCAAUCUCCAGAUCAGCGUACGUAAUCACCGCGUACCUGCUCAUGCUGUCAUGCGCCAUCGAGUCCGUCCAGUCAGCGAUUUCUGGUAGACGGCAGGCAAACAGCUUGUUGGCUCAAUCAGUCCGCGGCAGAGCUUCGCUUGUUUCUGGCUGUAGAUCAAACGGCCAGGAUCAUCUCAACCCUGGAGGCUGGAGCUGUGAGGGAUAGUAAGCGCAGGGUCCGACUCGGACAUGGAGCACCUGGGACACGUUACGCACGGGUGUGCAACUUGCGACACGCAUCCU